CGGUUAAAAGGGAACGAAGAAGAAGAGGAAUUUUAAUUCGGUGGGCGUUACAAACCAAACCAAACACCGGCGGCGAUGAUAGCGAGCGGCGCCGCGCUCAUUAAAAACAACACAUGAUUAAUUUAAGAAGAUACCAUCAAAAGGUUCGGCAUAAAAGAUGAGUACGUUUGCAGGCCGAAUGAAGGAGUAUCCUACACUUUCUCUGGACCGGUUCGACAGGGAGAAUUUACAUUCCCGGGCGUAUUUCCUCUCUCACUGCCACAAAGAUCACAUGAAAGGACUGAAAGGACCUCUGCUGAAGAGAAAGCUGCAGUCCAGUCGUACAGUCCGGCUGUACUGCUCCUUCGUGACCAAAGAGCUUCUGCUGAACAGUUCAAAGUACGCUUUCUGGGAGGAAUACAUUGUUCCGUUGGAGCUGGAGAGCCCAACUCAGAUUUCCAUAGUGGACGAGGCAACAGGAGAGAAAGAAGAGAUACUGGUGACGUUGCUCCCUGCAGGUCACUGUCCCGGCUCGGUUAUGUUCCUGUUUGAGGGUUCCAAGGGAAACGUGUUGUAUACAGGAGACUUCAGGUUGUCCAUUGGACAGGCGUCCAGGAUAGAACAUCUACACUCUGGCAGCAGGGUCAAAGAUAUUCAGACUGUGUAUCUGGACUCCACUUUCUAUGACCGACGCUUCUAUCAAAUACCCACGCGGGAGGUCUGUCUGAACGGUAUCUCACAGCUUAUUGGAAACUGGAUCCGUCAGAGUUCCUAUCAUGUCGUGUGGCUCAACUGUAAAGCUGCGUACGGAUAUGAAUACUUGUUCACCAACCUGGGAGAAGAGUUCAACACACAGGUCCAUGUCAAAAAUCUGGCGAUGUUCAAGAAGAUGCCAGAGAUCCUGAGCUAUGUGACGACGGAUCGCCGGACACAGAUUCAUGCCUGUCGACACCCAAAGGAUGAGGAGUAUUUCCAAAGCAACAGGCUGCCAUGUGGUUGUACAGCCACUGACGGGACUCCUCUUCGUAUCAUCAGUAUUAAACCGUCCACCAUGUGGUUCGGAGAGAGAACCAAGAAGACCAACGUUGUAAUAAGAACAGGAACCAGUUCCUACAGAGCCUGUUUCAGUUUCCACUCCUCCUACUCUGAGCUUAAAGACUUCUUGACGUAUCUUCAACCAGUCAACAUCUACCCCAGUGUCAUACCUGUUGGUCGGACACUGGCUGAGGUUACACGGAUGUUGAAGCUGAUGUGCAGGAACCAGUCUGAUCAGGCAGCGUCGAUUUACAAACCUCUGGGAGUCCUCAAACGCAGCAGGGUGGAGCAACCUACAUACGACUCAGGGAGCGACGACGACCUGUUUGACGGGCUGGCCCUGGCACCAGUGAGGAGGAAGACGGGGCUGAACCCCGAAGUAAAAAAAGAGAGAAUUCAGAGCCCUCAGAGAACAGCACCCCCUGUGUGUGUGGAGGAGCCGUUACCUCUGGCAAUCACCGACGCACAGUCUGUUGCACGCAACUACGUUGACUGCACUGAGUCCAAUGGUGAGGACGAGGACGAGGAGGAAGAAGAGCAUGAGGAACAGGGGGACACAAAGCCCAUGGAGGAGGAGGUGAUAAAAGAAGGACAGAGGAAUGAAGACCCUGAGGAAAAGAAGAUGAAGGAGGAAAGCAAAGAGGCUUCGCACAAUCCGAAAUGGGAGGACUUCUUUACUGCAGAAAUCUUGACUGACAGCCAGACCAGCCAAUCACAAUCCUGCUGCUCCAACACUACCACCUCCCCCUCCAGGGUGACGGGCUCCCAGACGCCCGAACUGUUCAGCGAUGACGAAGAAGAAACUCCAGACAACAACGAAAACUUCAGCCUGACGCUGUCCGCCUCUCAGUCCAAUCAUUCCUCCCAGAACAUGGACUCGUGCUUACCCGACACCUUGAUCCUCCAACCAGAGCAGGGGGGGCGGGAACAGGGAGACGCGAGGCCCAGCACCAUGUCUCAGAAGAAAGAGAGCGACGGUCCAGUCCUCCCAUCAGAGCCGGAGGAGCUGUCAGAGUCUCAGGCGUCGUCCGACUUCGAUAUCCCCUGCACGCCGGAGUCGCAGGCGCCAAGACCCGAUGAACUGUCACAACUGUAUAGGAAGCUGGCCUCAGGAGAGGAAGUGGUCAUCAGAAAGGGAAGUCAGGGCUUCGCAUGACCGAGGGCCGCCGUUUGUCCACAGUAGAUCCAAAGCUGUGGAUAAAUGGCAAGAAUUAAUGUCCUACCAAUGCCAACGGGUACAGAGAGAGCAAACAGGCGUUCACACUAAGCAUUAUGGUCAGAGGGUCUGUUCUAAUCAAACAGGAUGAGGCCAAAGCUGCAGCUCCCGCUUUGUUUCACCUUUAACAUCUGACAAGACCAGGGCCUCCCAACGUUUGGUUGAUAAAACCUUUUCCUUCACAAAGUUAACUUCAGACCCUGCUGCGCACAUACGUGCAGUUUGUCUGGUUGAUCGUGUCGCUCACAGCGCGACUGCACCGUUGCCUCCCUUCCAUGCUGCCAGGUUGCUGUUUUUGUGUGUGUGAUAAACACAAUGAGCUUCUAUAGCAGCUUUACAAGUGAGACCAUUCCUCUCCCGCUUCAGUCUAACCUCAAAACCACACAGACCUCGGUAUGUUAAACACCACACACACAUUCCAAAGCACUUUACGUUGAUUUGUGCCCUAUAUGGAUUAAUGCACCUGUGCACAUCCCAGCUGACAUGUCGUUUUUGUUGACAGUUUGUGGUUUCUUCCAUUAAACGCUUUUCUGUCAUUGUGAACUGGAUCAACUGACGUCAAGUAGACUGUAUCAGAGCUGAGCUUUUGUCCAAAUUAAAUAUUUAUUGUCAGCUUAAGAGCAUUUUUCUUUUUAAUUACUGAAAGUUUAUAUCAAUAAUUACUUUGACUUUAUACUGUAAUUGAUCGGCUGGAAAAAAAAAAAAAAA